UUAAGUCGGCGCGGCCCCCCUCUCUCUCUCUCUCGCGCUCUGGUUCAAACGAGAGUUCCGCGGUCGCUCAAUCUCCGAUCAUCACCAUCACCUCCGGCGAUUCGCCGUCGCGGUUCCUCCUCCGCAUCGGCCGCGGCUCGGUUCACUCCUUCGGUUGCGAUUCCGGUGCCGUUCAGUCGUGUUCCCGAUCGUGCUCUGUUCUGACCGCGAAGGAAUCCAGUCCUCCGAUUCGUCGUCACUCGUCUCUGCGAUCGAUCAAAGAAACUUGCACAAUGUCUAGAGCCGCAAAGCGAGCAAGGGAAGAUGAAGAGUACACGAGGGAAGCAAAGAAGAGAAAGAUUGAAGCACGGUCCCUAAGUGAUGCAGAUGAAGAAUACCUCGAAAAGAUCACUGAGCAACUAUGGAGAGAGAUUAUCGAGAUGAAGGCCAACAUGGAUCGAUUGCAGUUAAAUCUUGAAACAAAUGGACAAAAUUUGAUAGAUACACUAAAGAAAAGAUCUGAAGAAUAUGAAAACAGUUUGAAGGAUGAGAGUAAGAAGCUUGACAAAAUCUACGAGGAGAUUAACAAUUAUAGAGCUUCCCGUCAAAAAUCUAGAGAUGCUUUUGUUAAGUUCGAGGAGGAAAAGGAAAAGCUCUCAACAUUGGUUAAAGAAUCAAGAGAGAACGAAAAGGCUUUGAUGGCAGCAAUUGGGGAAAACAUUAAAGAAGCCGAUGAGUACAUAAAAAUAACGAAAAGGGUCUAUGACAAUACGAAGGAUAUGGUGAAGAUUUUCGUCUCGAGGAAGGAUCAGGACUGAAUUUUUCACAGGAGGAUGGUUUGGAGACGGUCGCUAUGCGACUGUGGAAAUUUCUGCACAGAAUGGUUGAUUUCUCUGUAUUUGACUUGCAUUUUAUGACCUGAGCGGCUGAACCUAAGUGGGUUCUGACUUCACGCGCACAGGAUGACGAUGGAUGUGAAAUAAAACUUUAGCUGUGUAAUAAAACUUCAGCUGCUAGGCUGGCUACUAUACCCUAUAUGCCUUGUGGGUUAGGAGGACAAAUACUGUGAUAGAGUAUGGUCAUACUCAUCAUCAUGGUGUCACGAAGUUCGUUGUAUGAGCAUGAUGGCAUUUUGUUAGCCGGGAUAUUAAGGUUUGUUUGGAAUUGGUGUGGAAAGUUCAUGAUGGAAGUGAAUAAAUCCCAAACUUACAGAGUGUCAA